UUUUCUUUUAAACCACUUAAAAAAAUGUCAUUAAACCCAUCCCUUUCGUCUCGACAUUCUGCUUCACCUUUUUUUUCGAGUCGUGGUUCACUUUUCGUUAUGAAUAUCUAGAUAUUUAGUUUUUUUAACCUGCUUUAUAUAAGAUAAUUGUUUCUCUUCUAUCUCCCAUAUAUAUGUUUAUGAGAAAGUUUAAAUAUAAGAAGAAGAAGAAAAAAGGCAAUAUUAUAGAUUGCUUAAAACAUUGGGGAAAUAAACAUCAAAGAAAAUAACAAAAAAUAUAGUUUAUGCAAGAUUUUUGAUAUAGAAGUGGGGGAAAAAAAAAACAAAACAAAAAUCGCUUUAACCUCCCUUAGCUUAGAGCUAAUUCUGCUCUCCCAUAUAUAUUCGAUGAGAAAGUUUAAAUUAAAAACAAAAAAGAGAAGCCUACAGACAGGUCAAAAGUGUGGGGAAACGGCUUCAAAUUAAAUAACAAAAGCAGUUUAAGAAAGGUUUUAAAAUAUAUAAGGUGCAAAAAUUUCCCUGUCUUUAUAGGGAACUUGUAAGGGUUAGACAUAAUUAAAAAGAAAAACCAACAAAACAUCCAUUAAAAAGAAGAGUUAAUAUUAUUUGUAAAAUAUAAGUUUGUGUUUGGUGAGACGAGGUGUGACGUUUGGGGCAGAAUCAUCUCUUUCGGUUACCAUUAUAAAUCGAUUAUUGAAGUUGUGUGUAUACGUGAGUGUGCGUAUAUAUAUAUAUACACAUACAUACAUAUAUAUACAUGCACGUAUGAAUAUACGCCUAUAUGAAUAUAAAAUCGUAAAAUAGCGUUGUGUGUAGAGAGAGGAGACAGGAGUUCCAGUGUUUGGAGCAGAACACACAAUCUUCCAGUUUCUUUCCUAAAUCUAUUUUCGAAAUCAGUAUAUAUAUCUAUAUAUAUAUACACGUACACACACAAAUACAGAUAGAUAUAUCUCUAUCCGCGAAGUUUGCUAUCAAAGAGAAUAAGAGAGUUCUAAAUGUUUUAGGCAGGGGCUCUUUCUUCUGAAUCAGAAAUUGAUUGGAUUUCAUACAAAUUAUAUCAACAUCCUUUGCGUUGUCCAUCAUGCAAACAGAAGGAUUAUGUGCAUCAAAAUACAGCAAAAAGAUUUAUAGACAAUAAGUAAAUUGGAACUUUAUUUGCACCGAAAACUAAACCGAUUUAGUGUGUUUAGUUUUGAUUUUCUUAGUUGCCAUUAGUGUAUGUAGCAGAUAAGAGGACCCACUGCAAGCAUCAAUAACCAAGAGCAGCAUCCGCCUCACACCACAACCACUACCAUCAUCGUCGUCAUCAUCAUCAUCGUCAUCAUCAGCGUCAGCCAUUUACUGUUGUAAACAACAACAUCAACACUACUACUACUACUACUACUACUACUACUACUUUUUGGAGUAAUCUUUCUCUUUAUAUAUAUAUACCUGUUUCUGUGGAAGAUUAAUGUUUGAGCACGUGUGUGCGUAUAAAGAAUAAAGGUGGAGCAAUCAGGCAAGAACUUGAAUCAGGACCAGAUUAAAGGGACAGAUAAGAAUAAGAAUUAACUUAACCCCCACCACCACCAUCAGCUAACCAACAAAAAUGUAAGACCCCCCCCAAAAAAAAUAGAUAACCCCCCCCCUAAAAUCUACAAUAAUCUCAAAAGGCCUUUUCUACUCAGGCCUUCACCACCACCACCACCACCACCAUCAUCACUGGCAGCAGCAGCAGCAGCUGCAACAGUGUUAAUUAAUGCUGCUGUUUGUGUAAUUUGUAAGUCUUGAUGCAAGAAGUCUCUCUAUCACGACCCUCUAGACCCUAAAUAUCCCCCCAGACUAAGACCUGACCCUGUCACGAAUCUUAACAAAUAUUUGGGUAUUUCUGAGUGAUAAAAGGACCCAGCUGAUCCAUUUUUGAGAAAGGGUUUCUUUUUGUUCCCUAACUUAUUCUCCUGUCGUUGUCCAACUCUUUCUUAUCUUUUUCCCGUUUGUCCUGAGCAGAACCUAUGAAGUUAUUGUUGAUGUUGUUAACGUCAUCACAUAACUAAUUCAAUUAUUGAUUUUUCUGACCUGUGUUCUCGUUCUCUCUCUCUCUCUCGUUCUGCUUGUUUGGAUUAAACUGGACCUGUCUUGCUUUAAAAAAAUAAUAAUAAUAAUAAUAAUAGAAUUUGGUAAACUGAGCAGCCAGCCGGCUUUCUGUGCUGUUAUUAGAACAAUAAAUAACAACAACAAUAUCUUAAGCAGUGAGAUUGUCAACGACAACAACAACAGCAUCACUCUUGCUCCACCUUGCCUGUCCCACCUCUAAAAAGGAAAGUAAACGUGAAGAAGAAAAGGAAGAAAAGAUAUUAAAAAGAACAGGACGAGGAAUUCACAAAAAAAAAAUUACAGAAUAAAUAAAUAAAUAAAAUCAUUUAGUCAAAAAAAAAAAUUGAUUGGAGACAAGAGGAAGUGGAAUAAAAACAAAAAUAAUAGUUUUUUUUCUCUGAAGCUAUUUAUCUGAUGGUAGGUCAAUCAGAACAGAAGCAACAACAAUAAUUAAUACCAGAGAAUAGUUGUCGUCGUCGUCGUCAUCACCAUCACCACCAUCAUCAUCGGCAUCAUCAUUGACGCUCUUUGGUCGCUACAGCAACAGAAACCUCAGCCAUGUGAAGAAAGAAAGAAGGACAAACAAACCGACCAGCUGCCACAUCGAUAAUAAUAAGAAUAUUAAUAAUAAUAUUAAUAACAACAACAAAAUAACAGCAACAAUAACAGUUGCAACCACAAGAAGCUUGCUCCAGCUUGGCAUGGCUGACAAAACUGGAGCCAUCGUAGGUGAUUAGUGGUGGCAGUUGUUUAAUUUUUCUGCCUCUUCCUCGGCCCUUACAGCCGUUUCAAGCACAAACUGGUACCACUGGCAAUUCAUUCAGCUUUGCCCUGCGAGGAUUAAGUUGAUACUAUAGUAAUAAUAAUAAUAAUAAUAAGUUGUUAUUAUUAUUAUUAUUACUAUUAAUAUUAGCAAGUAAUAGUAGUAGUAUUUAUAAUCAAUUUUUCUUAAAAAUAAAUCCUGGAGAUAAAGUUUAAUAAUACCCUCACAUGUCCAGAGGAAAUAUUAGAAUCACAGCGGAGGUCUGUGCCGAUUGCUCGGCCCCUGAUCCCACUUGGGCUUCAGUGAACCGAGGUGUGCUAAUAUGUCAAGAGUGUUGCAGUGUUCAUCGCAGCCUUGGAAGACAUAUCUCACAGGUGAAGCACUUGAAAAAAGCGCAAUGGAAUCCAUCACGUUUAGCGAUGGUACGACAUCUGUUCAGCAGUGGAGCCAACAACAUCUGGGAGCACUCACUAUUAGAUCCAUCUCAGAACAAACAUUGCAAGAAGAAACCGCAUCCUAACGAUCCAGUUCAUCCAAAUAAAGACCACUACAUCAGGACCAAAUAUCAGUUUUUGUCAUUUGUAAACCAAGGCAAAGAUGGAGAUGUUUCUACAGUGGAGGACCUUAGUAAACAAUUACAUUCUAGCGUCAGAACAAGCAAUCUGGAAACAUGUCUUAGGUUACUGUCCAAAGGGGCUGACCCUAAUUACUUCAAUCCAGAAAAGAACAACUGUCCCCUCCAUGUGGCUGCUGCUGCUGGUCAGACGUCACAGGUGGAGCUGCUUGUUGUUUAUGGUGCAGACCCUGGAUGUCUCGAUGCUAACCGGAAAACCCCUAUUGAUUACGCUAGGGAGGAGAAGUACACAGAUCUUGCCAACCGUUUGAUAGAGUGCCAGUAUGAGUUGACUGACAGACUCACCUACUUUGUAUGUCGCAGGAAACCAGAUCAUCGUAGUAACCAUCACUUCAUCAUCCCAGAGAUGGCUGACAGCAGUCUGGAUAUUUCCGAGUUAGCAAAGGAGGCAAAGAAAAUGUUACAAGCCCUUCCCAACAAUUUGUUUGAAGAACUUGCAAUGGACGUUUACGAUGAAGUUGAUCGAAGGGAGAAUGAUGAAAUUUGGGUCUCAUCAAAUGAACAUAGUUCUACUAUUGGGGUUACAAUACCCUUCUUACCAGUCAAUCCAGAAUUUUCCACUACAAGGAACCAAGGUCGCCAAAAACUUGCUCGCUUCAACCCACGAGAAUUUGUAACGCUGAUCAUUGAUAUUUUAAGUGAUGCCAAGAGGAGACAAAUGGGAACCACGGCUUCCAUAAUUAUUAACCCUAAAGAGCCCAGUAAGUUUUAUACGUUUCAUCUUUGUAUUUGUCAUCUCAAAACAUCAUCGUCAUCAAUCUUAGAUGAUGAUGAGCCUUUGUAUGACAGCGUAGCUUCCGAUGAAGACUACAGCAGUAUAGACACCCAGAGCAUCAAAAGUGCCAAGGAAGAAGGGAAGAAAGACCGACCAGCAGAUUCUCGGAUCAUUCGUCGUGAAAUGACCCCUACUUCAAUUGUGUCGUUUACGGAGAGCAUGACAUCAGAACAGGUAGAAGGUCCAGUGUCUACGGAAGAUUUUCUGGAAAUGAAGAAAUCUCUGGCCAAUUCCGAGUGCCGAGUUCAACAGCUUUUGCAGACUCAGAGUGAUCUUAUCACCGAGGUGAAUCGUCUGAAGACGUUGUUUGAACCCCGAAAUUACCAGAGACAGGCCGAGCAUAAGAUGACCAAAGGUAAAGAUGAUCUGCCCACUGCCCAGUCAGUAUCAAAUAUUCACACAGGAGAGGAACAGCUUGGUGGUAAAAACUUCAGUGGUACUCCAAGUCCUGCCCGCAGUGAAACUGCUUGUGCAGGGGAGGAAUGUGACUAUGACAACGCGAGUUGUGCGAGCAACAGUCGAAAGAACUCUCAAUGCGACAGCCACAAAAGCUCCCUUCAGAGCAUUAGUGAAGCUGUUCCACUGACGAGGUCUCCCUCUGUUGUGUAUGAAGAGGUCGGCGCUGACGUUCAGGGUCUACCAACCCAAGAUGAGGUUGUCAAGAAAACCGAACGAAUCACCCGCAAGAUCCAAGAACUUCUGCAAUCAGCACAAGAGGGAAAAUUCGAAAGUUUUGCUCCAUGUUCUGAUAAGAUAUACUCGGCUGUUAUAGACAUGGCCUCCCUCUUCCCUAAGGUAAGUACUGCCUCACACCACUACUCCUUCUAA